AUGGUCUUGCCAGCUGCUUCAACAUUAUGCAAUGUCUUUACAUUUCUGCUCGCUGGCUCCCCGAUCUUUUACAGUGCCGCUCCACGCGGUUCCUGUUCGAGUUGCUGUGCCAUCAGAGAAAGUGAGGACAUCAAAUUUCUUUUAUACACCAGGCGUAACCGUAACACAGCCCAAAUGCUGCACCUGAGCGACGAUGUUGCUCAGUGGACGCAGAGCAAUUUCAAUUUCAAUUACCCGUUGGCCAUCUAUCUGCAUGGAUUCUCGGAAUCGGCCACUGGCGAACAGCAGAGCAGCCAGCAACUGAAAGAUGCCUUUUUGCAGCGUGGAAACUACAAUGUCAUACUCAUCGAUUGGAGUGCGAUGACAGCGGUUCCCUGGUACACGAAUGCUGUGGAGAAUUUGCCUAUUACGGCACGGUAUAUUGCCCGUUUCCUGCGUUAUUUGGUUAUGGAACGUGGCUAUCCGGCCAAGUUUAUACAUUUGAUUGGCUUCAGUCUGGGUGCCGAGGUAGCUGGUUUUGCUGGCAAACAGUUGCAGGAAUGGGGCAUAAAACUGACCAGAAUAACCGCUUUGGAUCCCGCUCUACCCCUAUUCGAGGGCAAUAGUUCCAAUCGCCGUUUAAGUCCAAGCGAUGCACGCUUCGUCGAUGUCAUACACACGGAUGGCGGUAUAUUGGGCAAUCCCACGGCCAUGGGACAUGCUGACUUUUAUCCAAAUGGCGGACGUCCCCUACAACCGGGAUGUGCUCGACAGGAAAUUGCAAAUAAUCGCUGGUUGGGCAUUAUAAUUGGCUGCAGUCAUCAGCGUGCCUGGGAAUACUUUGUGGAAAGUGUACGGCAGCCAAGAGCCUUUCCCGUUCAACGUUGUGAGGCCUCACAGACAGUUGGCAUCUGCCGCAUGGGAGGCAAUAGGAAUGCUUUCAUGGGCAUGGGUGCUGAUCCCAGACUACGGGGCAAAUUCUAUUUGGAUACGAAUGAUGCCAAACCUUUUGGCAGAAACAACAAGGCAAGGACAAUUGUUUCUCUGGCUCCACAGUUGCCCAUUACCUACAAAAUGCCAUUAAAUGUCACAAGCCAGAGAUACGAGGAGGAGCGGCAACAGGAAGAUGAUAACAAUAUGCUGAGCAACAACAUUCCAGUGACGUGACCAGUGAAAUCUCUCUUAAACAUACUGAGAUUUAUGUUAGAUGCGUGAUUUGAGCUUCAAUUUUAGUUGUAGUCAUAGUUUCUAGUUUACUUGUGAUCUUAGGGAAUAAAACGAAAACGACAAACAA